AUGGCCCGGCUCUGCCCGGACAGACCCCCCUCCCUGCCCCGCCCCGGGGCAGACCCGGGUGCUGGGGGGAACUGAGGGUGAAGGUGUUCCUGGAGACCGGACGCUGCUGACAGGUGCCGUGCACAAGUGUACAGAGAGCGAGAGCCCAGGCCCCCGACCGGUGAGAUCCAUGCUGGGGAGACGUGGCUGCUGCGCUGGAGCCCGUGGCAGCCAUGGGCCUCCCCUUCCCGGCGGGAGCUGGAGGACCAGGACCCAGGAGGCGUGCAGGCAGGAGGGUCUGAGGCUGCAGAAAUACCUCGUGUCGUCCAGACUGGAACCAGUCCAGCACCAAGAGCUCUGGGGGCAGGACACGAUGCAGGCCAUGCAGCCCCCUUGCGAGGCUGAGCUGCCCUCCGCGACCCCACAGCUGGCACUGCGGGAUGAUCUCCCCACCCCAGAGCCCUGGCGCCAGCUCUUCCGUGGCCUGCGCUACCGGGAAGCCGAGGGCCCAGGGAAGAUUUGCAGCCGCCUGCGGGAGCUGUGCCGGCGCUGGCUGGAGCCCCAGUGCCGCAGCAAGAAGCAGAUGCUGGAGCUGGUGGUGCUGGAGCAGUUCCUGGCCAUCCUGCCCCCAGAGAUGCGGAGCUGGGUGUGCAGGUGCCACGUGGAGACGUGUGCCCAGGCCGUGGCCCUGGCCGAGGGGUUUCAGCUGGGGCAGGCGGAGGACGAGAAGCUCCAGGUCACCGUGCGUGUGAAGGUCGAGGAGGGGUCCUCUGACCAGAUGCAGCCCCCGGGGGUCCUGCCGGAGUUUGCUGAUUCCCAGGUGCAGCAGCUGAAGGCUCAUCAUAAGGACAGGCCUCUGGAGGAGGCAGGAGAUCAGGAAACCCCAGGGCCUGAGGUCGAGCUGCCUCAUCUCCCCAAAGAGGAGCCCCCGUCCAACCCGGAGCCAGGUGCCGGGACCCUGAGCAGAGUGGAUCAGCAGCCUCCCAAGGAAGGGCCUGUAAAGCUGGAGCUGCAGAGACCCUCCCCAGGGAGACGGGGACAGAGCGGCUCCCUGACGCCUGGGCCGGGCCAGCUGCAGGAGGGGCAGGGCAGGCUGGCGAAGCAGGGGGAGAGCAUGGAGCUCCGGGAGGUGUUUGAGGAUGUGGCAUUGUAUUUCACACGGGAGGAGUGGGAGCUGCUGGAAGAGGAAGACAAGGGGCUUUACCAGGACCAGAUGCUGAGGAACCACCAAGCCCUCAUUUCCCUGGCAGGAUAUCGAGGCCCUGCCCCUGACUUGAUCUGCCGCAUCCAGCGAGGACAGGUGGAGCUCUGGGUCCGUGAUGAUGAGGACCGUGGGGAAAUGCGGAAGUCAGAGGACGUGCUGCCAGGACAUGCCUGGUUGCUGAGCAGAACCAAGGAGCAGGGUCCUGAGGAAGGGCCUGGAAAGCUGAAGCCACCAUGGGCUUCCCUGGGGAGUGUGGGUGAGGUGGAUUCCCUGAGCCCAGAAAAGAACCAGUUGCUCAAGGGUCAGGGGAUGCCCCCAAAGCUGGAGAAUGUAGCAGUGAAUGUGGUCCCAUCUGUAGUUGGACAUUUGAGUGAACAAGGGAAAGAAGCCAGAAAAAGCCCAAGGUGCAGGGAUGAAUAUGUCAUGCAGAGACACCUGAGGAGGCAGAAAGAAAAGGUGCAUUGGAGAGAGACACUGCAUGCAAACCAAGACACUGUGGGGGGCCUCAGUGGGAAGCAGGAGAUCACUACCAAGCCCAGGGGGAGAGCCUACCCCUGCCCUCAGUGCAGGAAAAGAUUUAGCUGCCCCUCGCAGCUGGCUUUCCACAAGAUAAGGCAUGCUGAUAAGAUGCCCAAUGUACACGCCACGUGUGGGAAGAGCUUCACCUUCCUCUCGACCCUGGCUGAUCACCGCCAGGUCCAUUCUGGACAGCUCCCCCACCGCUUCACCAAAAGGGGGAAGAGCAUUGUGCUGCUCAAAACCCAGGAUGUGCACAGGAAGAAGCAUCAGUACUGCUGUGUCACAUGUGGUAAGACCUCCACCCAUUUCUUCUCCCUGGUUCAGCACCGUCGCAUGCACUUGGGGAGGAAGACACACCACUGCAAAGAGUGCAGGAAGAACUUCAUUAGCUGGCAAGGCCUGUCCCAACACCGGUGUGUGCGGAGGAGGCAGCAGCCACACUGCUGCACAAAGUGUGGGAAGAGCUUCAGGCAGCCCUCCAGCCUGGCCAGGCACAGGUGCAUGCACACACGGGAGAAGCAACUUCAUUGCUCUGUGUGUGGGAAGAACUUCAGUUCUUCCUCCCACCUGGCCAUGCACCAGCGCAUCCACACACGGGAGAAGCCGUAUCAGUGCUAUAAGCGUGGGAAGAGUUUCAGUUGUUCCUCCCCGCUGGCCAGCCACCAGCACAUUCACAUGGGAGAGAAGCCAUAUCAGUGCUCUGAAUGUGGGAAGAGCUUCAGUUCUUCCUUCCACUUGGCCGAGCACCAGCACAUCCACACAGGAAAGAAGCCAUAUCAUUGCUCUGAGUGUGGGAAGAGCUUCAGUUGUUCCUCCUUGCUGACCAGCCACCAAAGCAUCCACACGGGAGAGAAACCAUAUCAGUGUUCUGAGUGUGGCAAGAGCUUCACCCAAUCCUCCAACCUGGCCCAGCACCAGCAUGUCCACUCAGGGGAGAAGCCACAUCAGUGCUCUGAGUGUGGGAAGAGCUUCAGUUCUUCAUCCCACCUGGCCCAGCACCAGCGCAUCCACACAGGGGAGAAGCCAUAUCAGUGCUCUGAGUGUGGGAAGAGCUUCAGUUCUUCCUCCAACCUGGCCCAGCACCAGCGCAUCCACACAGGGGAGAAGCCAUAUCAGUGCUCUGAGUGUGGGAAGAGCUUCACUUAUUCCUCCAACCUGACUGAGCACCAGCGCAUCCACACAGGGGAGAAGCCAUAUCAGUGCUCUGAGUGUGGGAAGAGUUUCAGUUCUUCCUCUGACCUGGCCAAGCACCAGCGCAUCCACACAGGGGAGAAGCCAUAUCAGUGCUCUGAGUGUGGGAAGAGAUUCAGUUAUUCCUCUGACCUGGCCAAGCACCAGCGCAUCCACACAGGGGAGAAGCCAUAUCAGUGCUCUGUGUGUGGGAAGAGCUUCAGUUAUUUCUCCUCCCUGGCCCAGCACAAGCGCAUUCACACAGGAGAGAAGCCACAUCAGUGCUCUGAGUGUGGGAAGAGCUUCAGUUAUUUCUCUUCCCUGGCCCAGCACAAGCGCAUCCACACAGGAAAGAAGCCAUAUCAUUGCUCUGAGUGUGGAAAGAGUUUCAGUUGUUCCUCCUCGCUGGCCAGCCACCAGCGCAUCCACACGGGAGAAAAGCCAUAUCAGUGCUCUGAGUGUGGGAAGAGCUUCACCCAAUCCUCCAACCUGGCCCAGCACCAGCAUGUCCACACAGGGGAGAAGCCACAUCAGUGCUCUGUGUGUGGGAAGAGCUUCAGUUAUUCUUCCAACCUGGCCCGGCACCAGCGCGUCCACACAGGGGAGAAGCCAUAUCAGUGCUCUGAGUGUGGGAAGAGCUUCAGUUAUUCCACCGACCUGGCCAGCCACCAGCGCAUCCACACGGGAGGGAAGCCAUAUCAGUGCGCUGAGUGUGGCAAGAGCUUCACCCAAUCCUCCAACCUGGCCCGGCACAAGCGCAGUCACACAAGGGAGAAGCCAUAUCAGUGCUCUGAGUGUGGGAAGAGCUUCAGUUCUUCCUCCCACCUGGCCCAGCACCAGCGCAUCCACACAAGGGAGAAGCCAUAUCAGUGCUCUUAGUGUGGCAAGAGCUUCACCCAAUCCUCCAGCCUGGCCAAACACCUGCAUGUCCACACAGGGGAGAAGCCAAAUCAAUACUCUGACUGUGGGAAGAGUUUCAGCAUCCCCUUCAACCUGGCCCGGCACCAGCGCAUGCACAAAGGGGAGAAGCCACAUCAUUGUUCUUAGUGUAGGAAGAGGUUCUCCUACUCCUGCAGCCUGUGCUGAACACCAGUGCAUGCACACAGGGGAGAAGCUACAUCAGUGCUCUGAGUAUUGGAGAAUCUCACCCAUCUCAGCAACCACCAGUGGUGCAUUCAAACCAGCUCCCUCAUGCUGGUUGCCUGCAGAAAGAGUUCCCCCAGGCUUUGCCCCUUGUAGGAAACUUGUAAGUCAGCCCCAAUGUGGGGGGAGGAGACGACGAGGAGACGAUCUUUGCAUCAGCCUUGGUGCCUGUGCAUUCCCCAUCAUUCCCUAACAGUAUUCCCAGGGGAAGAAGUGCCUUCACGAUAGGGUAACCUCUCCCAGAUGGCUGACUUCAGAUGACACCUGGGGACUUUCCUUAGCUGCCUCCCAGCUUUCUCCUUCCUCCUGGUCCCGGGGUUCUGGUAGAUGAGCCCCUGAGUUGCAGGGAGAGUGCAUUUAUGGCUGGGGAAGCAUUCCCUACAAUCGUCCCUAACCUCACCUUUCCUCUCCACCACAUCACCCCUCUUCCAGACCUGCCCAUGCCCAGUGGGGUCUGCAACGAGCUGUCACCUCCGGAGUUUUUUUGGCCUGUUUUGCUCUUCAGCCUCUGUAGAAGUGUGCACCAUGGGGUGCAUGCUGCUCCUGCGCUCUCCCCCCCCCUUUGCUGUAUUCUCUCUCAUGCAUUCCCUGCUACUAAGGCAACACAACUGGACAUGCCACCCCUAUGGUUGAUCGUUGUGCCCUCUCCCAAGCUCUGCAAUGGGAAUAGACCCAGGCCUACAACCCUUUCCAGGGCAAAUCUCUCUGCUUUCCAGCCCCUUCCUUUUCUAAAUGAUUCACCACAAUGCAGAGGUUGUUGCUAAGCCUUGGGAGCAGGAGGUAGUCUGAUCUACCCACACUGCUGCUAACUGACUGGCUGCUCCCACCCACUUCUGCCCUUUUCCCACAGCAGGAUCCAGAGCUGGGUGAGCCACCACCACAGGGUGAGAGACCCUGGAUGAGCAACUGCAGCUGGCUCCACAGGUGCCCCAAGCCAGCCCUGUCUGCCCUGUUCCUACCUUCACCCACCACUGCCACCUAUCUGCCCCACGGAUGUAACUGGGAGAGUGGGGGGCAGUCUUUCCAUGGUGCCAGCUCCAGGGGGGUGUCUCCCCCCUUGGAAGAGCAGGUUCUCAACCCUGCUGCCAGCACCCCUGCCAGCAUGCCCGCAACAUGCAGUGCUGGGGCAGGUAUUAGGGUCAGGACAGGUGGUGGGAGGUCUGCAAGGAUCUGACGUGGAUGCUGGUGUCUGUCCCAUGUGGGAUCUGUGUUCACCUGGGCACGUGUGAAGGGAGGUAAGGUAGGUAGGGGUGAUACCUCAUUGUCCUCCAGGUGGGAUCAUCAUGUGGGGGGGGCACAACUUCUGCUGGGGUAUGUAUGAGGUACACCUACAGGGGGGUCCACACUUACCUGGGGCAGGUGUGAUAGGGGCUGUAAUAGGGCAGAUGGUGCUAUGCCAGAAUUGUGCAGCAGGGGGUGUUGUGGGGGUGCCUGUUCUCUCCUGGGGCAGGUGUGGUGUGGUCUGUCAUGGGGUGGGGGGAUGGGUGGACCCCCAUUUCUUCCUCUCUCUCCUUCUACUUGCACUCCCCACCCCUGUGCCCCAAAAAGCCCAAGCCCAACUGGUGACCCCACUCCCUGCAGCCCUGGGGGAUUUGCAGGGGGCUCGGCUCCAUCCCAGGGAUUCCUCCUCAUCACCAAGGUGGAUCUGGCCCCCUGGUCAGGCCAGUACAGACUGGGGAGCUUUCCUUGCCUUUCUAGUGUGAUCCCGGUCUCUUCCUGGGAUCCCUGGGGUGUGGAUUACCAAGCUGUCACAGGAGUAGGAGGAUGAGCACCGUGGCCCCGCUGCUUUUCCUGGGGCAGGACCAGGUGCGAUGUCUGCUGCUGUGUCAGGCAUGUGGCAGUUAGGCUAAGAAGUGCGAUGAUAGGUUUGUCUGGGCUGGUUUGGACAGGGCUGAUGCUGACUCAGGUGGUGGCCGGACUGGAGGUAAGCUCUGCAGGCCUCCUCAGCCCCUCUCUUCUAGCAUUUCCAUGAUGAGAACAUCCCCUAGAGCCAUGGCUCUCAGCCUUUUUAGACUGCGGACUGGCAAACAUGGACAGAAAGCAGAACCUUUCAUAGAUUUAACUGCAUAGACAUUAGGCCUGGAAGGGACCUUGUAAGGCCAUUCCCUUCCUCAUCAGCCCUCACAUUUUCCAUUGAUUUCUUCACGGUGGCUGGCCAUGGAGCUGGUGCUCUUAUUGAACUCUCCGCAGUGGCUCCUAGGUCUCUGUCCUGUGUGGUAACAGCCCGUCGUGGUGUCAGUCCCAUUUAUACAAUUCUCAUUCAUAUGUGUUCCUGGCCCAUUCCACUCAGAUCAUGACCCCGUGUUCAAUAGAGUUAAUAUAUUAUUUACUCUUCAUUAUUAUAUACACGUUUUAAAGUGGGGGGAUGGACAUGAUGAGACUUCUCAUUCAGCUCCAGCACUCUCGAGUUGUAGGGCCCUAGAAGAAGCCUUCACCUCCAGAGACGAGCCAUGCGCAUGAUCAGAGGUCAGGGAAGCAGACCCUGCUAUGACAGGCUGAGAGCCCUGGGGCUCUUUAGCCUGGAAAAGCGCAGGCUCAGGGGUGAUCUGAUGGCCACCUACAAGUUUAUCAGGGGUGACCAUUGGUAUCUGGGGGAACGUUUGUUCACCAGAGCGCCCCAAGGGAUGACGACUAGGUCACAAACUACUACAAGACCGUUUCAGGCUGAACAUAAGGAAGAAUUUCUUUACUGUCCGAACCCCCAAGGUCUGGAAUAGCCUGCCGCCGGGGCUGGUUCAAGCGCCGACAUUGAACACCUUCAAGAGCAAACUGGAUGCUUAUCAUGCUGGGAUCGUAUGACCCCAGCUGACUUCCUGCCCUUUGGGCCGGGGGCUGGACUCGAUGAUCUUCCGAGGCCCCUUCCAGCCCUAAUGUCUAAGAAAUCUAUGAAAAUGUCUAUGAAAUCUCUCUGAACUUUUCCUUCUCAUGCCUGCACAAUGCAUCCCACACCACACAGACACCAAGUCACAGCUCUGUGCUUCAUACAUCAGCAAGGAUCCCUACUGUUGGAGCAUGCUGUGCAGGUAUCUGAAGGGAGGUGCAGCGUUUUGUUUUGUGUCAUUACAAUUUUAAUACUGCCCCAGCCAGGAAACCUGCUCAUCUUGCUUGGGAAUGGAGAUCAAAGUUCCCACAACAUUUGAUUCCCAAGCCAUGCUGAAGUCUGCAGAUCUUAGCAAAAGGAUACCUAGGAAUUUAGACCUCAUUAUGUCCCUGCCUUCAGCUGUUAUGUGUGUAAGUGAGGAGAUCAUGGCAAAAAAGGCAACCUAAUGGCAGCCUAAUGCCUUAGGUGUUUGCAAACUACCAUCAAAAAGGGAGCAAAUCUACUACCUUGGUGUGAGCAAAAGAGGUCUGGAUCCCAGAGCCUCUUGCCUAAAAGCACUACAAAAAACCUAAAUCUAAGUCUUGGACCCUCUAGGCCCCACCACCUUUCUGAGACACCCAAUGGGUGGGCUACUGUGAGAGUGGACAACUGUUUAGCUAUCUCCAUUCUCCUCCUUCACUUCCUCCAUGAACAUAGGGCAGGGAGUCAAGGGAGUCUGCACCUGGCCAUUAAGAACGUAGGCAGAACCAGCCCUAGCAGCAGACAGGGGCUGAAAUCUUCCAGAAGUGGAAGUUUGACACUACAGGGAAAUCAGGGAGCCUUCAAGUGUCUCUGGUGAACACUGCAAAACCUGGAGUUCCCUGCAUGGUGAUUCUGAACUGCAGGGCCCCUGGGCUCCAUGCAUCAAGGCAAAGGUGGUGUGACAGGCUAGGUGGUAGUGACUUAGCCCAGCGGUUUUGAAAGGAUAAAAGAUGACUGGAGGACUUGGGAUUGCCUUUCCUCACCAAUCAGGACCCAGAGAUUCACCCUCCAUGGCCCCUGAUUGGCCCCUUGGUUCACCUGGAGGGGGAUGAAAUGGGCAGCGUGGCUGACUCAGGGGAGACCAGCAAGGGAGCACAAGGAAGGAGUCUCAAAGAGCUGGCAAGUGCUGGGCCAGUGGGGUGGGAGCAGUUGCCCCAGAAGCACCUGAAGGAUUGGGACCUCCAGGCGGCAGUUUGAUCCUCAGCAGCGCAGCAAGGGGCCUGCAGGAGAGGCUCCCCACUGGGCUCCAGAAUCCCCUAUGAGAGGCUGUGGCUAGCAGGAGGGGCUGCCUAGGUCCAGCAAGGAUCUGAGCAGUGACCUGAGAGGUUCCCAGCUCUACUUCCAUCUCCUCCAGCAAGAGGCCAGGCAGCUCAACAUGAGGCCCGGACUCCAGGAAGGCCAAAACCCCUUGAAGCUUGGUACAGUGCUAGCUCUGGUGGCUGCCUGCUGCAGCUUCUGCCUACUUAUGGGAGAACUGAGUUCAAGUCCCAGGUUGGGUGAUUUGGAGUGAGUGAAGUAGCAGGGAAAAAUUCUUGUUGCAGUGGAAAGGGGUCAUUGUGUUUUCCUCUUUUCUUCCCCUCCAGGUACCUAGGCCCUAUACUCCUUGUCAUUUGACAUUUUGUUUUUUGUGCCUUUUAUAUUACACCAACCAGUAUGGUUUGUUCUGCUGUUUGUGUUUUAAUUUUUUAACCCUGUCUUUUGUCAACUGGAUGAAUAUGUCAAUGAUUGUAAGUGUCUAACCUUUGUUGAAUCCUGCCCCUUCGCGUGUUGUAGUGCCCCCUAGACCCCUGGGUUUAUAGUGCUUAUGUUCCCAGUACUGUUCUCUCAUUAAAAGGUAUAUGGUUAAGUCCCCA